AUGGUUCACCUUGGAUCUGCUCUCGCCGUCGGCCUUCUCGGUCUGACUGCUGCUGUUUCUGCUCACCCCGGCCACAACCACCGUGCUGAAGCUGCUGAGCGCCGCGCUUUCCUGGAUAAUGCUAGUGUUCACCAGCGUAGCCUGUCUAAGUGCACCAACAAGCUCAAGGCCCGUGGUCACGAGAACACCAACGUGAUGCGCCGUUCCAACCUCGUCAAGGCCAUCCGUCGGCGCCGUGGUCUGGAACAGACUGCUCACUUCCUCAACGCCCGCUCCCUGGACAGCGUUCUGGCCACUGACCACAACUCCACCCUGACUGGAGUCAGUGCUUCCACCGAUCCCAGCGUUCUUUUCGGCUCCAAUGCGACCUGCAUCCUCGGGCCCGAUGUCACCCAGGGUCCUUACUAUGUUACCGGCGAGCUCAUCCGGAAGAAUAUCGUCGAGGACCAGGAGGGCGUCCCUCUCUACAUGGACAUCCAGUUGAUCAAUACAAACACCUGUGAGCCCCUGGAGGGAAUCUACACCGAUCUCUGGCACUGCAACUCCACCGGUGUCUACUCCGGCAUUGUUUCCAGCGGCAACGGUGACUCCUCUGACGCUUCCAACCUCGACACUACCUGGCUCCGCGGUAUCCAGCCCAGUGACAAGAACGGUGUUGUCUACAUGGAGUCCAUCUUCCCCGGUCACUAUACCAGCCGUGCCACCCAUAUCCACGUCCUGACCCACCCCGUCAAUGAGACCGUCGUCCAGGCCAACGGGACCAUCUCCGGCCUCUACAGCUCUUCUUCCUCCCACGUUGGCCAGCUCUUCUUCGACCAGGACCUCAUCACCGAAGUCGAGAAGACCGCCCCUUACAGCACCAACACCCAGGAACUGACCACCAACGCUAAGGACUCCAUCCUCUCUGAGGAGGCUGACACCAUCGACCCCUUCAUGGAGUACGUCUACCUCGGCAACUCUGUCUCUGACGGUAUCUUUGCCUGGAUCUCCAUCGGUCUAGAUCCCACAACGGAUACCACUGUUACCCCCGCCGCUUACUACACCGAGCAGGGUGGUGUUGAAAACGAGAGCUCCGGCUCCGGCAUGGGUGGUGGUGGCUCUGCCCCCAGCGGUACCUCCUCCGGCAGUCGUCCCACCAGCUUCUAA